CGUGGUGUAGCUGUGGGCUCGCUCUGCUGUUCGCUAGGCUUGGUGGGAAGACCUGUCCUCGAGUCCGCGCCUUUCGUCGCCGCCAUGUCGGGAGGUGGUGUGAUUCGUGGGCCGGCAGGGAACAACGAUUGCCGCAUCUACGUGGGGAACUUACCUCCAGACAUCCGAACCAAGGACAUUGAGGACGUGUUCUACAAAUACGGUGCUAUCCGCGACAUCGAUCUGAAGAACCGCCGCGGAGGACCGCCCUUCGCCUUCGUUGAGUUCGAGGACCCGCGGGAUGCGGAAGACGCGGUGUACGGUCGCGACGGCUAUGAUUACGAUGGAUACCGUCUGCGGGUGGAGUUUCCUCGAAGCGGCCGUGGUACAGGCCGAGGCGGCGGCGGGGGUGGAGGUGGCGGGGCUCCCCGAGGCCGCUAUGGCCCCCCGUCCAGGCGUUCUGAAAACAGAGUGGUUGUCUCUGGACUGCCUCCAAGUGGAAGCUGGCAGGAUUUGAAGGAUCACAUGCGUGAAGCAGGUGAUGUAUGUUAUGCUGAUGUUUACCGAGAUGGCACUGGUGUCGUGGAGUUUGUACGGAAAGAAGAUAUGACCUAUGCAGUUCGAAAACUGGAUAACACUAAGUUUAGAUCUCAUGAGGGAGAAACUGCCUACAUCCGGGUUAAAGUUGAUGGGCCCAGAAGUCCAAGUUAUGGAAGAUCUCGAUCUCGAAGCCGUAGUCGUAGCAGAAGCCGUAGCAGAAGCAACAGCAGGAGUCGCAGUUAUUCCCCAAGGAGAAGCAGAGGAUCACCACGCUAUUCUCCCCGUCAUAGCAGAUCUCGCUCUCACAUAUCUGAAGAGAUGGAUUAAGAAUGCUUUGGAUUAAGGAUUGUGGAGCACAUUUCAAUCAUUUUAGGAUUGUCAAAAGGAGGAUUGAGGAGGAUCAGAUCAAUAAUGGAGGCAAUGGUAUGACUCCAAGUGCUAUUGUCACAGAUGAAAUUGGCAGUAUUGACCUUAUACUAAAAGGCAAGGGUUUAAAAUGAUUAUACAUCUACCUUAAAACACUUGCAAACAUCUUAUGCAGUUACCUUUAGCUACAAUUGCUUUGCUCUUUAAACCUUGGCAAUUGUGGCAAAAUUACGUUGCCCAUUUUGUAACAAUUUAUUUUGCCCCCUACCCUUUUUUGUUUUAAUAGGGACUAAUGUGGGAAGAACUGGCUAAUUUGUCACAAUGCUUAGUUACAACUGUUAAUGUGUGACCUGCUGUUGGUGUACAUGUGGGUACAGGGUGUCUUUAAUUCCAACCGGAUAGAGUAUAAUAUCAAUACUGCUAAAUCUGCAUGUCCUCUGUGUGACUGAUAUAGCGUUGCUACUUCAUUUUUUUUUAAGACAAAAUGAAAGCAAAAUAUAGAGUUCCAACGUAUUGGUGUAGAUAAUCUAGUUGGGAAUACUUUUAAGUCUCACCUUCCCCUUUAAACUAAUAUUCAUAAUUGACUCAUGUUUAAAACACUUUAAUUUACAAAUUAAAUUACAGAUGGGAGCAUUAGAUUUAGUUUAGACUUAGGUGGGUAGCAAUACCAGUAAACUUCUCGACUACAUAACAUUUUGCAACCACAAAACCUGUAAUACGCUGUACAGUAACAAGUGUUGGCAUUAUCAGUUGAACUGUAAAUAUAAAAUGCUUCUUCCAAUUAGUCUCUAUGUUGAUUAAGUUUCUAAAAUUUAUCUGAACACCAUUCAGAAACUUGUUUUGGGGAAUUUGAUAGUUAUUGAUGUACAUCUGUUAAACUGAUGACAGACAUAACUCAUCAUUCCCCAGAAACCUUUUUUGAUUACAGUAUCUAACAUUUUGCCUCCUCUUUUUUGGUUUUGCUGGUUAUAAAGGUUUGGAUUGGAGAGGGCUCACUGGAUCCCAAUCCUUGGAGCUGGAUCAUUGGAUUCAAAUCAUAAUGUGGAUAGGAUAGGGAGGAUGAAUUACAAGGAUUCAUGGAGCGGGAUCAGAUUACCAGGAACAUAGGAGUGGAUUCCUGCCCCAACCAAACCGCAUUCGUGUGGAUUUUUUUUUUUUUUUCAACUUAAUUGGCUAUUCCAAAGAUUUUUUUUUUUUCCUAUUUUUGACGAUUGGAGCCCUUAAGAUGCACGAUGGAAUUGUGUUUUGCAUUUUUUGGUAAAAGGAGCAAAGCGAGGACCUGGAGAUAUACGCUGGAGCAAUCUCCUUGGAAGGAUUCAGCACGAGUAGAUGAUUGAGUAACCCACCUUGCUGUUCAGCCCACAUCCUUCCGGAAACAAAAGGCCAAUGAAAGGGAGAGGAAGGAGCACCAACUCAGAAAGAGGGAGCCAUAAGAUCUGCAUGUAUUAAUAUGGUAACUCUUUGGAGACUUCUGAGAAACAGAAUCCUAUUUGAACUCUGGACUAUCCUCAAGUCUGAUAAUGAAGAAGAAAUUGAAGAGAUGUUUCUAUUGGGAGUUUGGGCUGACUGGUUCCCUGAUGUGUUACCUGCUUCUGCCACUGAUCCAAACUGCAGAACUUCUCAUUCGUUCCCAAGGCCUCCAGGCAGUGUCCAGUAGGGAAUCAACUCUAAAAGGAACCAGACCAACGUUUGCCAGCCCCUUCAUUCUGGUGACUGAGGGAAGGAAAGUGUGGGAAGGGGGUAUAUAUGUGUAGUCGAUGGAAAGGAAACAGACUGUCAAAUUACUAUACCUCUUCCGUUUCUUUUACCAAUAGAAUUCUUCAACCAUAUUAUUUUUUAUUGUGUAUGUAUGGGGGAAGUUGGAGAUGGUGACCUUGAUUAGAAUGUGAUUUAAGAGGAAUAAAUGGAGGGAAUGAGAUAAGAGACAGUCGGUUAUGAAAGAGGUUGAAGUCUUGUAAUAAUGUGACCAUCUGUGGAAUUUUUUAAAGCCAGAGUUUACAAAAAUAUCACUGAUAGAGGCUGCCUCCUCAUUUCCCACCACAGGAGACUUCUUGGACUGGAGGCACUUGUUUAAUAACAGCUUGUCUUUGAUAGAAAAUGUUCAGGGCAUCAUCAUACAAAGUUCCAGUAGCAGUGACGCCUACACGGAAGACUUGGAACUGCAAACAGAGGCUGGGGUCACCUCAGUGACAACUGACGCUGUCCAACCAGAAGUUCAAUUCUUGUUUUGGGGGGUGAGGAAGUAGACUGUACUAAAGCACUAAAACAAUUUUUUGUCUGUACUUUCUCUUUAAUUA